AUGAGCCGGCUCAGAUUAGAUAUCUCGUCCCGAUCUUUGCGAGCCCUUCUUUACUCGGGUAAUCAUAGUGCUGUGGAGAAGCUGCUGGUGAGCCAGUCUCAGAACGGGUAUUUCUCCAGUGUAGGACUCAAGGAGAGUCUCUACAUGGCCGUGGAUCACUCGUCACUGGAAAAUUUGAGAGUAUUCCUCAGCCAUGCUGAUGUUAAAAUAGCAUCCGAGGAAGUCUGUCUCUUGCUUCUAGACAUGGGCGUUGAGAUUGAUUACGGGCGUCAAGAGCAAUACUUGAGUGACGCUUUCCUCGUGAAACGAGGCGCCGAUGUCAACGUUCGAACCGAUGCCAAGGGGCUGACGCCGCUGUACGAAGCGACACUUCAAUCGAGACCAGAAGUCGUCGAAUAUCUGCGGGGCAAGAGAACCGACGUGACUAUUCCUUCAAAGGCGCGAAACUGGUCUCCUUUGGAGGGGACAUAUGACUAUCCGGCCGUCUUCGGCGACACCCAAUGUACAGCCUUUUUCCUCGCAGCGACGUACGGCAAGACGGAAAGUGCCAGGUUGUUGUUGAAGCACAGCGACCCGGACAUCGAAUUCACGCCAUCCUCGGAUAUCGAAAAAGAAAAGGCGGAUACGAGGGGAUAUACUGCUCUAGCUGUUGCGAGUCUAUACUCGCACACGGAUAUCGUGAGGCUGUUACUAGAGCACGGGGCCAACGUCAACCAUAGAAUCCCGGGGACUGGUCAGACACCGCUCCAUCUCGCACACAGCGGCGAUACGCUCGCGGUAUUGCUGGAAUACGGAGCCGACAAGGAGGCCAAAGAUGACAACGACUACACGCCUCUCUUUCACGCCGUGACGAAGCAAGAUUACAGUCUUACCCGGCGUUUGGUUAACGCCGGCGCCAGCUUUGAGGCCGCCGAUAACUGGGGUCAUACCGCUCUACUGAACGCUCUGAUCUAUGGCGAGCAGAAGAGCCGCGAAGAUAGCUGCAGAUACUUCAUUUCCAAAGGUACUCCGGUCAACGAAAGGGGUCCAGACAGGUACGGGUCCACCGUGCACAGGUGUUGCAGGUUCGGUGAAGUAGGAGAAGUAGAAAUGGUCUUGGAGCUGGGCGGUGAUGCGGGCCCGUGGUAUGGAAUGCAGGGCACCCUUCUCGACGCGGCAUGCAACAACCAAAGGGGGAUCGACAUCGACGGUCCAGGAAGCUACCUCCGCAGUGCCAUGGGAGAGACGUUCCGGUCUGGCGACGAAUCACUCAUACGAUACCUGCUUGAGAAGGGUGGGAGUUUCAACACCUCAGACGGCAACGGACAACCGGCGUGGCUCAAAAUUUGUGCCAGAAAGGACUUCGCCUUGGAGAUGUUUGACAUGCUACUAGACGACUACGGAGCGGACGACUUCUUGGCCUCGUUAUGGGACAAGGACAGAAUAUCACGGGAUAUUCUGCACUGCGCAGCACAUUCGGGGCAUCUGGGACUUGUUGAGAGACUCGUCGACCUGGAUCCAAACCUAGUUGACGGCCGUGACGUCGACGGGUGGUCGGCCCUCCAAUGGGCAGCGCGAAUGGCCUCCAUCGGAGGUCUCGGACACGAAGAUAUCCCUCAGAAAUGGGAAGAGAAGGCUGAAAUCAUCAAGUUCCCAGCUCGGAAGAGAUGUCCUGGUCUGACAGAAUGUGUGACCGAUAGCAACCAACGUACGUGGGACGUACUGGAAAUUGCGGAGCACCACGGCGCGCCUGAGACUGUCAUCGCUGCGUUCAAGGACAUGAUGGAGGACAGACAAAUUCAGGUCGAAUCCACCAAAGCGUUUUCCAAGCACGCUGGAAGACGGAUUUGCGAUGGUUGCAAUACUCUGAUUUGGGGUGCUUUACUCAUUUGCGAUGACGAUGAUUGUUACAAAAACUUUGGGCUCUGCUUCAAGUGCGCGUCUCACAGAGAUAAGCUUCACGACCCGAAGCACGUUUUCGUCAUUAAUGAACGAGGGAUCCCAGAAUGCUCAAGUCUGAAAGGAGCACCGUAG